CCUGCUGCAUCCUUUCUGCAUCUCUUGGAAGUGGCAGCCAGAUAUCUACUUUUUCUGAGAAGGCCUGAGACACUCUGUGCUUGAAGAUACCACCACUCUACCCCCCAGUGUUCUCUUCCUCCAGCAGUGAAGCUGAUAUGUCUUGUGUAUAGCCCACAAAGUAGCUUGGUUCCAAAGUUUGUGACUGAAAAACAAAUCCUGACAAGGUGGUAACAAGAACACAAACACACACACACACAGGAGCUUUACUAGGGGAGGAGGGUAGUUUCCUGUUGGCAUCUGCCCCAUAUCUCUUACUCUGGAUUGUUAAUGCACAUGUUGCUACAGGGGAGAAAGUUUGUGGGCAAAGUGGCCCACUCAACUUUCAAGUUGCUCCUUUCACAGCUGGAAAAAUUGUUUUGAAGGGAAGGUGAGAGAAUGAAAAGUGUUGCACCUUCACUUGAUUUGGAAAGUGAAAGGAAAGUGGAUAGGUUGCAGGCAGAAGCAAGAGUGUUUCACUAAUUUCACACAGCUGCUGUGUUCUCCUAGUCUUCAGUUUGGGAUUAUUACUGUAGUAUGCACAAUGUGGACUCACUGGUUCUGUAAUGUUUUGGGUGCACAAACAGCUAUUAGAAGCAAGUAUAAGGCAGUCAACAUCCACAACUCUGCUCUUGCCUUAUGCCUGGAGAUGGAAAAAAUGCAGUGUGUAGCAACUGUUGUCUGAACCAGCUUAAUGAUUCAAGAUAAGAGCCAGACUUACCAUAGGAACCUGGGCCCUAUAUAAACAGGGUGUGCUGGAGGUGAAGGGGACAUUCGUUUCUGCUCAAAGUUCAUCAAGCUUGCAAGCCUGGUGGGUGGUGCUGUUUGCAAGAUUCUACUACAGCAGAGCUGCUGGCAGCAGAAACCAGGUAGCUGCCUGGGACACCUCAUCCUGCUUCACCAUCUCCCCUUACAGUCUUGCAGUCUUCUUUGGGACACCUGCACCUGAACGUUUGUGUGCUGAGAUGCCUACUGAACAAGCCCGAGUCCACCCGCUGGUGCAGAUGCUUAUCGACCUCACUGCAGGGGCAGCAGGUGGUGUGGCAUGCGUGGUGACCGGGCAGCCUUUUGACACCAUCAAGGUGAAGAUGCAGACCUUCCCAACAAUGUACCAGGGCUUCUUUGACUGCUCAGUCAAGACCUACCAGCAGGAGGGCAUGCACGGGCUCUACCAAGGCACCACUCCAGCCUUGCUGGCCAACGUCGCGGAGAACGCUGUGCUUUUUGCCUGCUACGGGUUCUGCCAGCAGCUCGUGAGGCAGCUCUUUGGGUUGGGCAAUGUCCAGGAGCUCAGUGAUUUGCACAGCGCGAUUGCCGGCUCCUUCUCAUCAGUCUUCUCCUCCAUGGUUCUGUGCCCCACAGAGCUGGUGAAGUGCCGGAUGCAAGCUCUCCAUGAGAUGAAGGUCACAGGGCAGACAGCUCUGUCGAGGCACAGUUCCACCUGGACUGUGGUGAAAGCCAUCUUCCGUUCAGAAGGCCCCCUGGGUUUCUUCCAGGGACUGACCAGCACAUGGCUACGGGAGGUGCCUGGCUAUUUCUUCUUCUUUGGGGGUUAUGAAGUCAGCCGAAGCUUCUUCCUCCAGGCUGGACAGUCAAAGGAAGAGCUGGGUGCUCUCCCUGUGACUGUGAGUGGCGGAAUCGGUGGUGCUGCUUUCUGGCUGGCUGUCUAUCCCAUUGAUUCAGUGAAAUCACGGAUCCAGGUGUUGUCCAUGGCUGGGCGGCAAGAUGGUUUCCUGCUCUCCUUCUUACACAUCCUACGUACAGAAGGGUUUAUGCCUCUUUACUGCGGGCUGAUGCCCACGGUGAUCCGUGCCCUGCCAUCCAAUGGUGCCCUCUUCCUUGCCUAUGAACUGACUCAGAAAAAGCUGACCAGCCUAGCAGAGAGGACAACCUGAAGUCUGGACUCAGUCCCAGAGAAAUGGGGACUUUGUUGAUGGAUAUAGAGAGCCGGGGAUUUUCUUGGUUGAACGGAACUGCAAUGGUCAACCUCUCCCAAGGGGAUCUUGGAGGGGACACCCUUGGCUCAAGGCAGGAAAUGGGGGUGGGGUAGGGUAGGGCUUUCUGGAUUUCAGGGUAUCUAUCAGUGGGGUGGGAUCGGGAGACAGCCCAAGAUUGCUUUUUUUCUCAACAGAUGCUGCAAAGACCAGCAAAGCAGCCAGACAGCAGAGACAUAUUGGGGGAACUGUGAGAUGGGAAUGUUUUGAAAUCAGCCAUCCUGUGGGGUGUGGGAAAUGUGACAAGGCAGUCCAAUUUCUUAGGGAUCUUUAAUGCAAGCUUCCCCAACCUGGCCGUCCUUCAGAUCUUCAGAUACUAUAGUAGCAUGCUGGAUGGGGCUGAUAAGGAAGAUUGCAGGUAAUUACGGCAUUUAUCCACUUUCCAGUUCACCUGUAGAUGCAGGGCAUGUGUGCAGCUGGCUGAAUGAGGCCCCAUGGAAGCAAGACCAACCAUUGCAUUUUGCUUUCUCUUCUUUUAACCCACUCCAGGCUUUGUUUCGGGUUUUUUUGUACAUAUAUUGUCCUGCAAAUCUCGAGAUUUGUGUGGGAUCUCAGGAAACAGAGAAAUAAACACUGAUUCCCAGAC